GCACUUGUUCAAUAGCAGAUACGAGUGGACGUUUGGUGGAGGACUGAUGCGCGUCUGAAUUAUUUUUCAGAAUGUUUCUCUUCUUCAUGCGAAGACGGCGUUGUUAGUAAACCACGAUGGUGGCGUGUUUCUGUAGUGUAAUUCGUCGCGUCAAUCUCAGAGGAAGUUCAAGUUCUCACUGUUUCUGACUAGUUUGGAAUAUAGCCCUGUCGUAACGUAGCCUAGGUUGUUCCAAGCAGGAAUCCGGAGCUGUUCUGAAAUGGAGGAGAGUGGGGUCUCCCGAGCCGUGAUCAACACGAGCAGCAACCCCUACCUGGAGUUCGACCAUAUAUCCACCGUGUCAAGCAUCCCUUGCGACAAACAGUUUAUCAAGAGCGCAGCGGGACUGCUGGCUUGCGCAGAGGUGGUGCUUGGUCUGCUGGUGUGUGGACUGAUCGCCGGCACCGACUACUUCCGCAUGUCGCCCUUCGGCUGGGUGAUGUUCGUGGCCGUGUUCUACUGGGUACUCACUCUCUUCCUCCUCAUCCUCUUCCUCACCCAGGCCCACUCCAGAAUCCCGCAGGUGCCCUGGAGCACGGUGGUGCUGAUUUUCAACACCAGUGCCACGUUACUCUACCUUGUGGCAGCGGUUGUCGAGGCAACGCUGGUGGAUCAUGGGGUGAAAGGGCACCACAACUACAACAGCUGGGCCGCAUCCACGUUCUUCGCCUUCCUCGUGUCUCUGAGCUACGGUGGCAGCGCCUACCUCGGCUUCAAGGCCUGGAGAGACAGAGGGGAGGAGUAAGGGGGGGGGGGGGUUAAGACAGACUGCCUUCAAAUGAAACCACUUCAAAUCAGUACAACGCAGCUUCAACCGGGGAACAGAACAAUGAAUUUUGGAAAACUGGAAUGUCCUGGUGACGACCAUUGUUGGCUCACGAAUAAGGUGGAUAUUCAGUGUG